AUGGCGGCCCAUACCUUGGCGGGUGUCGUCAGGGCCCUUGAAGAGGCCUUGGCGGCCGGCUCACCGUCUGCAUACUGGUAUGCCUCGGCGACUGGCUCCGGCAGCCGUCGGCUCCCAUUAGGCGCGCCCAAGCGAGUGGCCUCCAACCUCCACCGCCUGCGCCUCGGGUACCGGUGUGCCUCGCUCCUGGACAUCGACGACCCGGUCCCGUUUGAGUGCCCUUACUGCGAGGAGGAGGUCGUCCAGCCGCUACUCCACUACCUCCUCGAUUCUCUUAGCGCCGAGCCCAGAAAGAGAACCUUCGACGACAGCGAGUUUGACCCCUUGGCACCCCCCAGCAAAAGACCAGAUGAAGAUUUGACUGACGCGAUCGAAGUCGACCCCAUAGACACGGAAACCCAGCGAGACGAAGACUGGACCGCAUACCCGGACCCGGGGACUGAAAAGAAGGACCGAUGGAAGGAGCGGACCGCCGCCGCCGCCCCUGCCCCCCCUGCGAGACCUACCCCCGGGACCCGCACCCCGCCCACUCAGCCGGCCCAGCCUCCGACACCACCUGCACCUGCACCUGCACCGAUCGACCAUCGGCCAAGCCACUCGACCCCCGCGCAGCCCUCACCCUACAUCAAACUAUCACCCACCCCAGGCUUCUCCAGUACCUUCCGACUCCUGCAGGACAUCCAAGCGGAGCACCCCACCCUUCGCUGCAGCAAACGAAAACAGCCUUCUCAGCAAACACCCCCGAGUAAGGAGGACUUCCCUGCACUCCACGGCCCCUCAACCCCCCACCCCCCGCACGCCCCACCGCCCCCACAACCCACGCCACACAUGCAACAGCGCCACCGUCCGGAACACCACCCGCCAGCCACCCAGCCCCAGAUCCCUACGCCUCCACUGCCAGAAGGGACCCUCACCAUCACGGAGUCAGCACUGAAAGGCCUUCUCAAGGGCCUGGUCGUGACGAUCGUCCAGCUCCUCGAGCGAGACGUACCGGAGACAACGCUGGACCCCAUCAUCGAUACGCUCGUAACAAAGUCGUUCCAGCAACCCCCAACACCGGCCGACCCCAACACGUCCCUCACCCGGGAAAUGGCCCCUCCCACCCCUCGACCCGAACCAGCUACAACGAACGAUCCGACCACACCGGCCGUAGCCCCCACCCCAACCGUGACAACUCCCCCACAGGCCACCACAACCGACGAACCCCAGGUGUCAACACGCCCAUCACCCCCCCACCAGAAGCCAUCAGACUCGUCCAAUGGAACAUGCAAGGCGCCCGAGGAAAAAUCUACCUCCUUCAGGAGGCAGCUCGAGGGGAAGGCGUCGACGUCUUCCUCCUCCAAGAAACCCUCACUCCAGCCACAAAAUCUGUCCAACUCAGAGGCCCCACCUCUACCCGCACGCUGGAAUGUAAAGAAAGCUGAUUGGACCAUAUUCCGUGAGGCACUACAAACCACCGCACACCAUGACACUCCUGACCUCGACCUCCACGCAGCGCAUGUCACCGCGGCUUUCCGGGCAGCAGCUGACGCUUCAAUGCCCGCGAUUACUGCCAGAAAUGCCACCACUGACACACCGCUGAGCGCGCACGAAGUCCAAAAUGCGCUUCGGACGGGUGCCGACACAUCCCCCGGCUCCGACGGCAUCACGCACACCAUGAUACGCCAAGCUGGCCUGUCAGGGCACGCUGCCCUCCUGUCUCUCUUCAGCGCUUCACUGGACGUAGAGCGACUCCCCCACUCAUGGAAGGAGGCGGACAUUAUCCCAAUCCCCAAGCCUAAGGACCCGGGCAGCUUCCGGCCAAUCUCCCUACUCAGCUGCAUAGGAAAAACUAUGGAGCGGAUCAUCCUCUCCCGCCUCUAG